UCCCUGCCAAUUUAUAGUUGGAUGCAUUAUCGGUCACCACAUGAACAACAUUCUCCGCUCCAACCCAAUCAAUGACCUCACAAAAUAACUUAAACAAGUUCCUUCCACUCUUGACCAAAACAGAAGCAUCAAUGGACUUCACAAAGCAUGUUCCAGCAGGAGAAUACACAAGAAAAUUGAUUAAGGAUCUACGCCUAUUAUCCAUCCAACCAUCCGCCAUAAUUGUGCAUCCAGAUUCCUUCCAAUGAGACCUCAAACUCUCAAUCAAUAGCUAACAUUCUUAAAACAAUGCAAUCCAACAAAGUAAACCUCAAAGCAUAAUAUGUAGGCCGCCAUAACCAGGACCAAGAGUCAUAGAAGCAUCCAAUGCUAUUUUAAAUUGUGGAGAUUUAAUUGCUUUUAAAGGAACACAUGCAUCAUAGAACCAUCUAGCCCAUGCUCGAUCCACAUACAAUACAACUUCUUUAGUUGCUAAGGCACUCUUUAUUCCCGAUUGACUACCGGAAGAUGACCGUGGAGCAAAGAAAGUGUCAACCGAACCUGUAGACACAUUAGGAGCAACUCUUUUAGCACUAUUAUCAUCUUGUGCACUAGAAGAAUUUGUAUCACGAGGUUCUUUAAAUCGAGCUUUUACAACUUCAGAUUUCUUCUUACUAGUUUCAUAAUUAGUCAAUAGGUUCUGCAUGUUUUGGCUCACCUCUUCCGGAACCAUUGAACAUAUUGCAUUAUCCCCACUAACACCAGCUAUAUGUUUUUUCAUUCUAGUGAUUCAUCCGCCUCUAAAUUCUUUUUGACAAUAGAGACAAGUGAGUACCUCCACUUUUCCAUCCUGAUACAAGGAACAAUGAGCCCAAGUUGGAUCACUUUUGCUUUGUACACCCUUUGCGGUAACCUUCGAAUUACUAGGAGUUGCUCCUUUAUCAACCGAUCGGGCUUCUUCUCCACUAGCCAUUGCUGCCAAAACAACGAAACAUCCAAAUUAUAAUCAGAAUACUAGAAUAGAGAUACCAAUUACCAAGCACACAUACUAGAAUAGAGAUACUAAUUCUCAUGCACAUUUUGUUAAUAACUUGUGGCCAAAGCACACAUAUGUAAGCCAGAGUAGCCAAACAUUAUUCAUUGCCAAACACAAUAGAUUUACCUAAUUGAAAACCAAAAUUUCAAACACUUUUCAUCCACCAAAUUUCGUUCCACUCUCCUUACCUAAUUGAAAACCAAAAUUUCAAACAUUAUUCAUCCACCAACAUGGAUUUCCACUCUCCUUACCUAAUUGAAAACCAAAAUAUUGAAUUAUAUGGUGGAUGGGAAAUUGAUUUCCAAAGUCCAACCGGCAGCAGGCUCGGCGCGGCAAGGGGAAGGCUCGGCGCGGCAGCAGGCUCAUCCUCUGCCCUUCUCGCCGGUCGCCAGAGGCAGGAGAGGUCGAGCAUAGGAGGGAGACUCGGCGCGGCGGGUUCUGGAGCCCGCCGGUCGCCGGUCGCUGGAGAAGACGAAGGGCAGGCGGCGUCAUUGUUCUUUUAUUCACAAGCUGUGGAGCAGGCGGUCGCCGACUCGCUGGACUGCUGGAGAAGAAGUGCGAUCAAGGAGUUGGAGGGAUAGGCUACGCUGGAGGCUGGAAAUCGAUCGUCGGCCGGCGUCGACCUCUUCUUCACGUCACGAGCAGGCAGGCGGCGUUCUGGAGAAAGAAGGAGCGGCUGCGGCAGGUGAAGUGUGAACUGAAACAAUUUUGGAGAGAAGGGCGAAGAAUCGAUUGGGUUAGCAGAUAUUGUAAAGUUAAUCGUUUUUUUUAAUUUGUCACAUGAAACGGCGACUUCUCAUCGAAUUCGUCUACCGUCGAUCUGAAAUAAACCAGACGGAAUACCGGAAAAUGCCGGUUACGCUGUUAAUACCCGCCCGCACAGUAAAAUAGGCGCUGGUAGGGUGCCGUUUCGGCACUGGCCUGAUUCCCGGUUUUACCGGUUGAACAGGCUGGUACGAUUCGGUUUCCUUUACCAUGGAGUAGAGUAGGGAUGGCAAAGGGUCAGGUUGGGGCGGGUUUUGUUAAACCCAAACCCAAAUUCAUUGGUUUAUCUGUAAAAAAAAUCGGGGUAAAACUCGCUGAGUUUGAAAAACUCAAACCUAACCUAACCCGCAGGGUAUCCAGGGGUUCAUGGGUACCCGUGGAUUUUUGUGGUAAAAAAUUUACAAUAACAAAUUUCUUUCAAAAUAAAAGUCUAACAUCAAU